GUUGUCAUUGUCAAGUUGACAACGUAAACAUAAAUACAGAACUCUUCAAUGAUAUUGAUAUCAACAUCAAAGAUCAAUUUCUGUUUUUAGUUUUAUUCAAAAUUCUGUGUCUAAUGACCAAUGGCAACCAAAAAAAAUGAUCGUUUCCCUAAGUUCAAACCGAAAUUUAUUAAAGGACUUGCGGAAAGAAAUAAUGAAGCCGAUAUAAGAGAAGAUGAAGAACAAUCAGAAAAACUACAAGAAAUAAUAGACUUACUUGUAGCUGCUGGAUAUUUUCGAGCUAGGAUUAAAAACUUAUCACCUUUUGAUAAAGUUGUUGGGGGCAUGACAUGGUGUAUAGAAUUUUGCAACAUUGAAGUCGAUGUGGAUUUACUUUUCCAGGAGAAUUCAACUAUUGGCCAAAAAAUUGCUUUGACUGAGAAAAUAGUUGCAGUCUUACCACAAAUUCAUUGCCCACAUCCAAUCGAACCACAUCAAAUACAAGGAUUAGAUUUUAUACAUAUAUUUCCAGUUAUACAAUGGUUGCUGAAACGUUCAAUGGAAUAUAGGAAAGAUGUCUCAAAAUUUUGCUAUUCGUAUGCAUUGAACCAGUUCGAAAAAAACUUUUAUCCAAACCAUGGACUUACUGACAAGCAACAACAACUUUUGCACAAUAUAAAAAUGGUGAAUGAAGUGUAUAAACCUCAUAGAGUGUUUAAAAAGAAGAGCAUAGUACCUUACAAGGAUCUAAACUCCAAGGUUCAAAUAACAUUAUUAGAAUAUGGCUACAGAAGUGAUAUAUCACAAACUCGGGACAAUAUUGAAGAGAAUCCCAACUUCCAGGAGGAUGUGAUUAAUCAUAUGAUGGACAAUUUAGGACAAAUAACCCAGGACACCAGUGAUUAUGACGAAAUAGCAGAAGAAGAUCGUGAAAAAAUUUCAGAGCAUUAUAAUAAUCUCAAAAAGGACUUUGAGAAUGCUACUUCUCCAUCUGGUGAAGAAAAUCAAGUUUCUAAUUUGAUGGAAAAAAAGGAAGAUAUCACAAAGAAUUUGAAGAAAUCACUUUUGAAUCAAUCUAAGAUUAAAGAGAGCAUAGAAAAAAUAAAGGAAUCAAUAAGAGAAAUAAAACUGGAACAAUGCAAUAUUAAUGAAGCCAUAAAAUCUUUGGCCACUGACGAAAACAAUUCUGAGAAAUCAAACGCUGUUGAAGAAUUGCUGCUUCAUGGGGACAAUUUGGAAAAACAGAGACAAGAAUUUGAAGAGCACUGCAAGAAAGAAUCACAUUCUUUAACAACUUCUAUUGAGAAAAUCGAGACAAAAUCUGCAUCAGCAGAUAGCAAAUGCGAGGAGCUCGAUCAUCGCAUUGAAGAUGAACAUGAAAAACUGAAGGUUCUAAGAUUACAAGUAGCUAAAAAAAACAGAGCAAUAUCAACAUUGCAACGAAGAAUAGAUGAAAUUCCUAGUCGACCCGAGUUGUCUCAGUAUCAGAAAAGAUUCAUUGAACUAUACAAUCAAAUUUCAGCGAAGCAUAAGGAAACUAAGCAAUAUUACUCACUUUACAAUACUUUGGAAGAUACUAGACAGUAUAUGAAGAAAGAAUUAUCUUUAUUGAAUUCUGUAAUUGACAAUUAUCCUGAAGCAAUGCGUUCGAAAGAAGGCAAAGAAGAGUUUCUCCAACAGUUUUCAAAUAUUCUUGAAGGUAUCAAACAAUCUAAAUUGAAAUUAGAGCAACGUCUAUUACAAGAAAAAAAGAAACGAGACGAAAUGAGUGAUUCCCUACAUGGUUACAUAGAACUGAACAGAAAAUAUGCAAAUGCUAUAAAGGAGUUAAAGAUGGAAUUUCAGAAGAAUGAGGAAAUUAUAAAAAAUAUAAUGUAAUUUUUUUCAUUUAGUGGAAUAAGCUGUAAGUGUCAUUGAUGCUUCAUGGUUCAUGCUUCAUUUUAUGCACAUAGUAUGUUGAGUAUGACCAAUAAAAAUUAUUCAUUGAUA